AUGACUACUACGCUGGUAAUGGAAGCACCUCAUCAUCGUUUUAAGAACACUGACAAUGUAACCAUUGAGCUUCAGGAUUUACCAACAGUGUCAUCGACAUCACCUCAUCCUGAGGAUCUAGACGAAGACGCGUACCCUGAUGGAGGAGUAAGAGCAUAUUUAGUUGUACUUGGAUCGUUCUUUGGUCUUAUAGUCAAUUUGGGAUUAAUCAACGGGAUUGGUGCUAUUCAAGCUUAUGUUUCCUUACAUCAAAUGGCCAAUGUAUCUGAAUUCUCCAUUGCUUGGAUUUUCUCCGUCUAUUUAUGUCUUGCGUAUAGUUUUGGUAUAUUUGUGGGUCCAGCCUUCGAUCGUUAUGGAACCUUCAGUUUACUUGUGAUAUCUACGGCUCUCAUUUUCCUUGGGUUAAUGGGUGCUGCUCUGCUGACUGAAAUCUGGCAUUUUAUACUCAGUUUUAUUUCGAUGGGAAUUGGCAAUGGGGUUGGAAUGACUCCAUUGAUUGGUGUCAUUAACCAUUGGUUCUUAAAGAAAAGAGGUUAUUGUACCGGGUUGGCAACCUCCGGAGGAUCUGUAGGAGGUUUGAUAUUCCCAUUGAUGUUAAGAAGUCUCUAUGAAAACGUGGGAUUCGCUUGGGCCUUGCGUACGUUGGCAUUCUUUUGUUUGGGAUGCAUGGGUUUAGCAAUGGUAUUGGUUAAGGAGAGAAUUAGAAGGUCUAAACCAACCAAUGAAUUAUCUCAUUUGGAAGAAGAUGAACAAACUAAAUUAAACAAGUUGAAGAAUAAAAGAAAGUUCAACUUGGGGGCCUUAAAGGAUUCUCGGUAUCUUUUCCUUAUCGCCGGUGCCUUCUUUGCGGAGUUAAGUUUGGUAUUGGCUUUAACAUAUUUUGCUUCAUAUGCCAUUGCUGCUGGUAAUUCUGAAUCUACAAGUUAUUUGCUUCUUACACUUUGGAAUGCAGUGGGCACAUUUGGAAGAUGGUUACCUGGUCUUGUAUCUGAUUACUAUGGACGAUUCAAUAUCAAUAUUUUGAUGCUUUUAGGUUUAAACAUUGCAUUCUUGGUGAUGUGGUUACCCUUUGGACACAAUAUAGCACUACUUUAUGCGUUUUCAAUCAUUGGAGGGUUUUUUCUGGGUUCUGUUCUUUCAAUGGUACCUUCAUGUUUAUCACAAAUCACCAAAGUAGAUGAAUUUGGUGAAAGAUACGGUACACUUAAUUUUGCUUUGAGUAUUGGGAAUUUAGUGGGGAUUCCAAUUGGUGCAAGCAUCAUUAACCAUGGGAAAUUAGUUGAAUAUGAUCGAUUUGUGGUUCUUGUUGGAAUUUUAUCAUUAGCAGGUACAUUCUUUUGGACAUGCAGUCGGAUUAAAGUGGCUGGAUUUACCAUAAUGAAAAAAGUUUAG